AUGCAUAGCUGUUGCUGUGAGAAAUUCAAAGUGGAAAUACAGACAGGUGAAAGAAAAGGAAUCAGUGCUCCUGAAGGCGCUCAUCCAACGGCUCAUGACUACGGUGCAGAAUCCUCUCGGAAACCUGAAAAUCAAUUCGUGGUGCCUACGCCAUGUGUGCAGGCGUUCAACAGCGCUGAAGAGAAGCUGAAGCAAGAUCGGGCCAAAAUUCAAAGCUCUCAGCCGAAGUAG